UACAUGUGCAUGGUGGGAGUCAAACUGUGUUUACUUUUCGUCAGUGUGAUAAUCAGUAAAAAAAAAAGUUUUAGGUUAAAUUGAUAAGACUAAACAUGGAGGGGGGCUACGAUAAAAUUAAUCAACGUUGCAAUAUAUGCAAAGCAAGAAUUUCAUUUGCAACUAAUUAUAAACGCCACUACCAACAAGUUCAUAGUCCAGAUAAUUCUUUUAAAUGUGAUUUCGAAGGCUGUACCUACGCGUUGCAAACUCUCAAGUCAUUGAAUAAACACAGAACCGAGUGUCACAAUGAGCCUGGGUACAAUGCAGUCCUUCCAGACGAUCAGAGGAUGAUUUGGGGGGAGGAGAUCAAAUGUGUUCAUGAUAAAAGUGUGGUUGGAGUGUUUCUUGGUGUCUGCAAUUCCUACCAUGCGCCUACAGCCGCAAGAAAACGAGACAAUAAAAACUCUUUUUGUAUAGUUUCAAAACAUUUUCUAGCAGAAGACCUUUGUUUUUGUGACCACUCGACAGCGCGUAAGCUUUUUAUAGUAACGCUCAAGAAGAAAAUAAAUGAAGAAGAACAAUUCACAGCAAGAGUCACUGAAACCAGUGUUGGAUUCAAAAUGUAUGCUCGCCAGCAUUUCGUAAAUAGUAUAUAUUCAAACUACGCAUCCACGUACGAACUAACGGAGAAGGAAAAAGGUUCUGUUCGCGACAAACUCAAGAAAUCAGCAUUUGCCCAGCAUUACUCGGAAACACUUCGACAGGCACUAACAUAUCAUAACUGGAAAAACACAGAACAGGGAAAGAAGGCAGUUGCAGCCAAAGAGAAUAAGGAUGGGAAAUCGGGAACAAAAAGGAAUUUGGCUGAGACAAUUGUUUCUGGAGAAAGUUUGUCUCCUUCAAAAAAGAAAAAAGAUUCGGAGAACCAUCCCAUUCCCCAACAGUUUCACACCUUUGUCCGAGAAUACGGGAGACCGGCAUUGCGAAACAUGCUCGACAAAUUGAGCCAGGAAUCGAAAGAGUCAAAAUUGUCAAAAGAGUCAAAAUCAACGGAGUUCUAGUUUAUUUGUAGUUAAUGAAAUUGUCAAGCUGUAUAUGACUACUCGUUCUUUUUACUCAUACGUUCUGGGAAGUAGUAAAUAUGAAAGAAUAAAACCAAUUCCUUACUGUAAAAA